CGUACACAUCCACGAAUAAACUGAGCUAAGCAAAGCUACUUGUAAUGGAGCUGGAGCACAACCUUGAGCUCACCCUCUUCCACCGCUCGUCGUCGACGGAGACCGGCUUCUUCGUCUGCAUCUACUGUGACCGCAAGUUCUUCAGCCCGCAGGCGCUCGGCGGACACCAGAAUGCGCACAAAUACGAGCGCAGCCUGGCCAAGCACCGCCGAGAAAUCACUGCCGCCAUGCGCGCGCAUUCGGCCACCAUGGAUGCGCCGCGCAGGCCCAAGGGUGGUGUCCGAAUCGUCGUUGCUGCAGAUAAUCGGUCGAGGCAGGGAAUGAAGAAAGCUGCUCUGGUGCCUGCCCUUCUGAGUAACAAGGAGAGGUCGUUGGAGCCUGGCUAUGGCGCAGAUAGCACCGACGAGCUCGACUUAUCUCUCAGGCUUUGAUUGGUUCCUUGUACAAUUCAGCUGUUUCGUGGUGCCUGUUUUGGUCUUGUGCGUUCG